AUGUCUCCGAACACAGUCUCCCGGCCUCGCAUCGCCGUCACCUUGGGUGACCCAGCCGGUGUCGGUCCUGAACUGGCAGCCAAGCUCCUAGCCGAUCCCCAAAAUCGAGCGCGCGCAGACCUUAUUGUGCUGGCCGACAAAAGCGAAGUCGAAGCCGCCGCCGCAGUCGCCCAAGUAAACAUCCCCAUCGCAGAUGCUGCGGGGCCACAGAGCGUCAAGGUGCUAGACGAUGGCACUGCUCCGACAACGCCGAUUGCGCGCGGCAAGAUUUCGAUUGAGGCUGGACAAAGGACGUUGUAUCAAUUGCGGCGUGCGGUGGCUCUUGUUAACCAGGGUGAAGCGGAUGCUAUUGUCUUUACCCCAUUGAACAAGACCUCAUUGCAUAUGGCCGGUAUGCAUGAGGAGGACGAACUGCGCUGGUUUGCCAUGCAUAUGGGCCACGAGGGUGUGACCAGUGAGAUCAACAUCAUCCCAGGCCUGUGGACGUCGCGUGUUACCAGCCAUGUCGGCAUCAAAGACGUUUCAGGGCGUAUCAACAAGAACGGGGUCAAAGAAGCUAUUAAUCUACUACACAGCCUGCUCUCCGACUCUGGCAUUCAGAACCCGCGCAUUGGCGUCUGCGCUCUAAACCCACACAACGGCGAAAACGGGCUCUUUGGCCGCGAAGAAAUCGACGAGAUCCGCCCUGGAGUGGCCAUGGCACAGGAACUGGGAAUAGAUGCCAAAGGCCCCUUCCCAUCCGAUACCAUCUUCGUCGGCCGCGCCAAUUACGAUGGCAUCGUGACCAUGUACCACGACCAAGGACAGAUUGCGCUCAAGGUUAUUGGGUUUGACGGCGGUGUCACCGUGCAGGGUGGUUUGCCCGUUGUGAUUGCGACUCCGGCGCAUGGCACUGCGUUUGAUAUUGCCGGGAAGAACAUUGCGAGUGUCAAGAGCAGCCAGAAUGCGCUGGAUAUCGCUAUUACGGUUGCUACUCAAAAGGUGGCCAGAGACAAUGCCAAGGCAGCGAGUGUUCAGAUUCCUGUCAAGGCUAACGUGAAUCAGGUGGAGGUUGCUGCUGUGACUGUUUAG